UUUUGUUUUCUUCGCGAUAUACAGGCCACGCAACAAAAUCAAAAUGGAUGGCGAUUCAGGAAAUGUAUUUAAUUGAAAGUUCUCGCUUCGAGAUGAAUUUUAAUAAUGAAAAAACUGGAACUUCACCAUUAGAAAAACAUUUGAAAUUUUUGAAAGAUAUUCCACCUAUUAUGAAUAGUUGGAAUCAUUGUAAUUUGGAAAGUGAGGAAAUUAUUCAGAAGGGGCAUGUCGAAGACUAUUAUAAUGAAGCAGUAUUAUCCAAAUCAAAGAACACUGAUGCAGACAUUUUAAUGAAAUAUUUGUCAACUAAAGUGUUGGAAAUGGACGAUGAUUGGGUCUUUUUAAAUAAAAUAUUAACAUUUCUUAAAACGUUAGAUAAUGUAGAUAAAUGUGUAUUUCGUAAAUUAGUAUAUAAGUGUAUGCAAACAGUUGAAAAAUCGACUGGAAAAGAAAAAGAAAAAUGCGACGAAGGUUCUGAACCAAUUUCAAAUCCGAUGAAAAAUGAAAAAUCCGAUGAGCCUGUUGAAAAAGUUAAUUAACAUUUUUCUAUA